CUCUGGAUCGGCAAGGCAUACUAAUACACGACGGGGAAGGACACCGCCUACUUCGUAGUUCGUACCUACGCGGCGGCUCAACACUUGGUACUCGUCACAGUACUCCGUCUAAUACUCCUACUCCUCAGCCUCCUCCGGGCAUCCGGCCAUUGGAAACAUGGAUGAAUUUCUAAGCGAUUCUCUUCGCGCCUGGAGGCUAAAGACGCAACACGAACCGAAUGGCGAUCGGUACCAUGAGUCGCCGGCGGGUACCGAGGUUUGGAGGCAGAGGGAAAAGCUGGGGGGUGGGUCGUUCGGAGUCGUCUACAAGGAGGAAUGUCUAUUGGGCCCGACGCAGAAUGCAGUUCGCGCCGUGAAGCAUAUCCCCAAGUGGCAGCGCUCCUUUUCCAAAUCGUCGCAGCGGGAGCUUGAAGCCCUCAUCACCUUUUCCGAUGCCCACGUGCCCGAGUACGAGCAGCACUUUGUCCGUUGCCUUGGCUGGUUCGACGAUGCCACGCAUCUAUACAUCACCAUGGACUUCAUAGAGGGUGGAGACCUCCAGAAAUACAUCAACAUCCAGAGAUCACUCCCGGAACGCGAGGCUGCCUCCAUCACGGCCCAGACUGCCCGCGCCUUGCAGUACAUGCACCAAAGGGGCUUUGCGCAUCGGGACCUCAAGCCGUUGAACAUCCUCGUCUCAAAGCCGGGCCCUAAGUGGCAUGUCAAGGUUGCCGACUUUGGGCUCGCCAGACACGUAGACGGCACCGCUCCGGGAACAUCCGCGGGCACUCACGGCUACAUGGCGCCAGAGCUUUUGGACUCGUCCGAAGGCUACACUUCCGCCAUCGAUGUGUGGGCGCUUGGAGCUGUUGUGUUCUGCAUGCGGACGGGCUCGUCUCCUUUCCCAAACCCUUUCGAUGUUUACGAUUACAAGAACAGCCAAACGAAGUUUCCAGCCCGCGCAUUGGGUAGCUCGAGUGGUUUCUGCAUGAAUUUUGUGCUGGGUGCUAUGACGGUGGAACCUGGGCGACGUUUUACCGUCGAACAAGUGCUUGCCCAUGACUGGCUUACCUUCUACCCAGACUCAACCGAUGAUCUAGGCAUCAUCGACACGGAAGCGACAACGACGGCUCCGCCUAAUAGUACCUGGGAUAUCCAACCCGCGAGCGCCUGGUCAAACACAUACAACGGCGACUCGACCGUGCGGCGGUCGCAGAUGCAACCGACCGUUAUCCCCGUCCCGGCUCCCGCCCCAGGAAGCCGCUCACAACAUACAAUCAGAUCGAGGACCCAGUUGACGCCAGCCAACGCUCUUCAGAACUUCCAUCAACGGUUACCGCCGGCCCCGGCCGCCUCGCAGUCAAUCAAGGCUGGGACGUUGGAGCCUCCGACGGUCACAAGGAGGCCUGUCAGCCCUUACAGACCGUCUCCGCCGGUGCUCAGUCGGCCGCCCCCGGCGCGGGCCGACACGGCAUCAACCACAACGAGCUCGCGAACGGAGACCUCGGAUGAGCCUGGCUCGGGAUAUAGCACCGUCACUAGCAUCCACUCGCCGCCCGUUUUACCCCCGGCUCCCAAGAGUACGACUUCUACGCUACAAAUGACGGCGACUGCCUACCCAAGCCAGGUCUGGGAUCGCUACGAGCAGCACACCGUCAUUUCACCACCCCAGUUCAAAACGGCACCGCGGACAACCCCAGCCAACGCCAUGAGCAACGUGGCCACAGUCCAAGCAUCCACCGAUGCCGAUCCCUACCUGACCUGCGGGACCUGUAACAAGACCUUCAAGCAACGCCCUUACCUUCUAAGCCAUACAGGCGCGACAGGCCACGAGCCACAGGUUGACGACAGUCCCCAGGCUCAAAAGGAUGAAUCGUCAAACACUAGUAGUAAUACGCAGACUACGGGCAAUACAACGGCGGCAGCGGAGGUGACCCAAGCCUCGACAGACCCCUACCUGACCUGCGGGACCUGCAAAGAACCUUUCAAGACACGUAGCUACCUUAUGGCCCAUGCCCGCCUGUUGCGCCACCUCCCAGAGACUGGCCACAACCCCCAGGCCGAAGAGCGGUCGAGUACUACUCCAGCUAUCAGCAGUACAACUUCGGACCGUCAAGCCUCGGCCAACCUAUAUCUGACCUGCGGAACCUGUAACCAGACUUUCAAGGACCGCCAAUACCUCAUGCGCCACGUAAACAAGAAAAGUCACGCACCGCGAGUGCGUAUCAACGACCCGCGCCUGACCUGCUUGGCAUGCCACAAAACGUUUAAGCGUCGUUCAGACCUGUUCGAGCAUAUUACAACGUCGGGACAUGCGCGAGACCUGGUCACAGGCGAGCCCGAAGUUGCCGACCCCUAUCUCACCUGCUUGGCGUGCCACAAGACAUUUGAGCGUCGUUCAGACCUGUUCGAGCAUAUCACAGCGUCGGGACAUGCGCGAGACCUGGUCACGGGCGAGCCGGAAGUUGUCGACUCCUUUCUCACCUGCUUGGCGUGCCACAAAACGUUUAAGCGUCGUUCAGACCUGUUCGAGCAUAUCACAGCGUCGGGACAUGCGCGAGACCUGGUCACAGGCGAGCCCGAAGUUGUCGACCCCCAUUUCACCUGCUUGGCGUGCCACAAGACAUUUCAGCGCCGUAGACACUUGUUCGAGCAUCUGGAUGCAUCGGGGCACUCCCGAGACCUGUAGAUGACCAAACGGGUUACCUAGGUACCGACAUUACAUCAUCCUUUUGGACAGACUCGAUCUUUGCAAUAUUUGCAAUAAUUGCUCUCCUAUCCUGUGCUACGCCAUUUAAAGCGAGAUCUCCGCAGGGGACUGUUGAUAACCGCGUCCGCUCUCUUAGCAACCUGAUAUAGUUUUAGAUAAAGGGCUCAACUAGGUACCUAGGUAGGUACCUAGUGCUUUCUGGUCAGCCUAGCAAGGGUUCUUUUAGAACAUCCACAAUGAAGGCACG